AUUAACAUUUGAGGAGGAAAGAUAGGUUAGGUUAGCUAAUUCAACAAUGGUGGUGUCUGUGAUGAUGCUGAAGUGAGAAAUCUUCUCUUCUUCUACACACAAUUCAGAUGAAUCGGUAGAGUUUGAUCUGUUUGAGGAAUUUAGGGCAAGUUCAAUUUAAUGGUGUUAUUAUAUUCAAAGACACCUGCUUUAGAACAAAGUCUUGAAAUCAGCCCAGGUUUGAAUCUCACUUCCCUUGCAAUAUACUCCACCAUCUCCAUCUUCCCCCACCAAAAUCCUCCAUUUGAUCACCACCAUCCACCCUCCAUUCCAUUUUCUUGCAAUCAAUUUUCAUUUGAACUCCGCAACGACCAUUUUGUUUGCAAAGCUCAACUUUAUUCGAUCCGAUCAGGUCCCCAAUCUGAAAUAAAUCAUAACCAAUUCUCCUGCAAUUUCUCAAAAUCUUGGGGUCACCUGAAGCAGGCAACCGGAUUAGAUGGUGGAGAUGUCGACGCCCGCAUCGGGGCAACCGUGCUCGCCGCCGUCUGCCACCAAUCAGCAGCCCCGCCGUGGGAUCCCUUCCGCCGCCAAUGUUUUCUCCACGCACAAUACUUUCUUGACCGCCUUUUUUCUGGCUUUCUUCUUCACCCUGUUUUACUGGCAGAGGGACGCCGCCCUUGGGGGGAUGAUGAUCUUCCGGCGGGCAUUCUCGUUGCAGAAGCUUCCGAAGUUGCGGCCGGUAACGUUUAACUUGACGGAGUUUGGAGGUGUGGGCGACGGUGUCACUCUCAACACAGUGGCGUUUGAGAAGGCGGUGAUGGCGAUUUCGAAGCUUGGGAAAAGGGGUGGAGGGCAGCUUAAUGUGCCGCCGGGAAAUUGGCUCACUGCACCAUUUAAUCUCACCAGUCAUAUGACUCUCUUCCUCGCAGAAGGAGCUGUCAUUCUCGCCAUUGAUGAUGAAAAUUAUUGGCCUCUCAUGCCUCCAUUACCUUCUUACGGACAUGGAAGAGAGCAUGCCGGACCAAGAUAUGGAAGUUUAAUCCAUGGACAACACCUCGAAGAUGUUGUAAUUACAGGGCAUAAUGGCACCAUUGAUGGACAGGGUAAAGCAUGGUGGACGAAAUAUCGGCAGAAGCUUCUUAAUUACACAAGAGGUCCACUUGUGCAAAUUAUGUGGUCUAAAGACAUCGUGAUUUCUAACGUAACUUUGCGCAAUUCGCCUUUCUGGACUCUUCAUCCAUAUGACUGCAAGAAUGUGACCAUAAAAGAUUCGACCAUCCUAGCACCCGUCUUCCAUGCUCCGAAUACCGAUGGCAUAGAUCCCGAUUCCUGUGAAGACAUGGUGAUCAAGGACUGUUACAUUAGCGUCGGAGACGACGGGAUCGCGAUAAAAAGUGGUUGGGAUCAGUACGGAGUCGCCUACGCGAAGCCAUCGAAGAACAUACUCAUUCAAAACCUCAUCGUUCGCUCGAAUGUCAGCGCGGGAAUCUCGAUAGGCAGCGAAAUGUCGGGCGGCGUAUCCAACGUCACCAUACAAAAUGUCCACAUAUGGAAUUCGAGGCGCGGAGUUCGAAUCAAGACAGCUCCCGGAAGAGGAGGAUACGUGCGCGACAUCACAUAUAAAAACAUCACAUUCGACAAACUCCGCGUCGGCAUUGUCAUAAAAACUGACUACAACGAGCAUCCCGACAGAGGAUACGACCCCAACGCGUUUCCAAUACUCGAGAACAUCGCCUACACGUCGAUACACGGCGAGGAAGUUCGCGUGCCUGUCCGCAUUCAGGGCACUUCAGACAUCCCUGUAAGAAACGUCACCUUCCACGACAUGUCGGUUGGAAUAACGAAUAAGAAGAAGCACAUAUUCCAGUGCGCGUACGUUCAAGGUCGUGUUGUAGGAACCGUUUUCCCGGCGCCCUGCGACAACCUUGACCUGUACGACGAGCAACGGAACCUGGUAAGGACCUCGACAUCCCAGAAUAGCUCCGACAUCGAUUAUGACGUCUGAAGUGAAUGAAACGUGCCGAUUGAAGUGAGAAUUUUCCCGAAAAUGGAUUUACCUGUGUAUUUGUAACGGUUGGGAAGGGAAACAGGGCACUGUAAGAACAGUUGCCUGUCGAUGUUUACUAAGUUGUAGUAUCUGUUGAAGCUUAAUUGCUGUGUAUAUAUUAUAAGUAUGAUACAGAGUUUUAUCAUACAGAUUUACAGAUGCUGCAAUUUAAUUCUCAAUUUUUGGAAAUGCAUAUAUCUUGAUUUAGA